AUGCCAGUGCUAUUCGAGAGACAGAAUGCAACACUCGGAUUACCCCCGCCCGAUCCAGCCUACUGCGCCAAGUCAAAUCUUCAUGAGAUUAUGGGAGUGGUCAUCGCAAUGCACAUUGCUGCGACUGUUGUUAUGUUCUUGCGCACAAUAGUGCGAGUAUUUAUGACCAAAAGCUUUGGCUCUGAUGACUAUGCAAUGCUGGCUGCAUGGAUGAGUCAACUAGCAACAUUCAUCUGCUGGAUCGGCGAAAGACCAUAUGCCAAUGGAAAGCGUUCGGCGUGCAUCACGCCGCAUGAUUACGAAAUGCACGCGAGAUGGCAAUAUUGCCAUUCGCUGUUUGUCAUCAUCGGCCUGGUCUUGGUCAAGGUGUCCAUUGCGCUGUUUCUCAUGCGAUUGGUUCCUCCAGGCAAGAAAUGGAAACAUUUCCUUUGGGCCUCGAUCGUAUUCCUCUUCUGCUUUUUACUUGCCUGCCUUGGCACAUUGAUCUGGCAAUGCGUUCCCGUCCAGGCAGCCUGGGACUUUUCAUUGCGCGCAGAGCCAGGCACAACAUGCUGGAGUAAUGAUACAUUUGCCGCGAUUGGCCUGUUUAACAGCGCCAUCAACUGUGUUACGGACUUUAUGUUCGCCAUGCUUCCGAUACCUAUCAUCGUCAAGCUACAGAUCAACGUACGGACCAAGGUGACGCUCGCUGUGAUCCUCAGCUUUGGCUACUUUGCGUGCGCUGCUGGGACACUCAAAGCAGUGAAGCAAUACACAUUCUUCAAGCAGAAAGAUCCGUUCUGGCACAACUCUUUCAAUGUCUGGGCGGCAAUUGAACUAAGUGUCGGCAUCAUAGCUGGCUCUCUCCCUUCUCUCAAGCCGAUGUUCGCAAGCUUAUUAUCGACCACCAAAUCCCUCGUAGCACAUUAUUCCCCUCACAACUCUCACAACCGCACAGCAGACAGAUCAGGCUUCCGGCGUCACGACGACGACUCCAAUCAGCAUGACGUCAAAUUAGAGAAUUGGACCGAAGGAUCCAAAAAUGACUCGGUGAUUGACGAACGACCAGCUGUGCGGUCAAAUACCAGAGUCAGUCGAGAUCAUAACGCGCCCCUGCAAGAUGCGGAACGGGCUUAUAGUGUUCGGGUUAGAAGCGGUACGAACGAUCACCAGAUCCCKAAGGAAGACGACGAGUGGGAGACUAUCGAUGUGACGAUGAAUGAGAGCAGCGAGAGGCUGCAUCGUCCUUUGGAGAUCCAUAAAGAGGUGGAGAUUUUCUCAACUUCGCAACGCCGUAAGGGGGGGUGA